AUGGCAACGUCGUCACAGGCAGCGAGCUCAUCCUCAGCCUACCCACCAACCUCAAUCUCAGGCAGCACACAAACUUCGCGUGGUGACAUAGCGAUCCUAACGUACGACCAACUCUCUGAAUCCGACGCGGUUCGGUGCGUCUCAGACCCAGGCUCGGGAGCAACGGUCCUCUUCAGCGGCACAACUCGCGAUUCAUUCAAAGGCAAGACCGUAACCAAACUCGAAUACGAAGCAUACACUCCUCUCGCGCUCAAAACUAUCUCGUCUCUGCUGGAAGCUGCGCAUACCUCAGCACCAUUUGCUGACACCCCGGUGCCAGUGUCCGCUAAUGCUGCACCAUCAGAAGGAGGCAAGGAGGAUAGAGUGGAAAGAUGUUACAUAGCUCAUAGGCUGGGAGAGGUGGGCGUGGGAGAAUGCAGUAUUCUGAUUGCGGUGAGUUCGGCGCAUAGGAAAGAGGCUUUUGUUGUAGCGGAGUGGUUGCUGGAGGAGGUGAAGAAGAAUGUUGCCGUCUGGAAGAGGGAGUUUUAUGCUAGUGGGGAUAGGGUGGUGUCGAAAGAUGGGGCGGGAGAGGAGAUUGAUCCGGGGAAGGAGAUGAAGAUGGCUGGUGAGGAUUGGAGUGGGAAGAGUGAAUGGAGCUGGAAGGCAAACACUCCGAUCUCUUGA